AUGCCUCGCAAGAAGAGCACAGCCCGAUCCAAGUCGCCGUCCAAGAGGCAGCCCGUCAAGAAGUUCAGCAACCCUCAGCUCGCUUCGCAGUCGGCCGAGUCUGGGCACAGCAAGAUUAAUGUGGUAGCAGAAGCUCCGGAGCUUGGACCAACAGAGUCCUUGGCCAACGACAUCCAGCGGCCUCCUGCUGAGAGGCAGGAAUCCAGCCAUGAAUAUAGUGCUACUGGCCUAGACGACACCUCGAAAAGCCCGACUCGGGGUCAUCGACGAUCACCUUCUACUGCGAGAAGCAACGGUAGCAAAAUGGAGGAGACCGACAGCAACGGCCAUGCUGCGGACCCCGAGAGGAGCUUUGGAAGUGAGGGAACUGCCGACGAGACUCUCGUCGACGGCUUCGAAGUCGAUCGGUCCGAUUCAACGAGCGUGAAGGCCAUGAGUGACGAUAGCUACCCGCGUCUUGUCCUGGCAGCCCAUGGCCGCAGGAACAGCCGGUUCGGACUGAAGGCUGGCGGCAUCCGCUUCGCUCCCCUUCAGGUGCCGUUUCGACGCCGCCUCCAAACAGGAGCGGUCCUGUUUCAUGGCCUGUCCAUUCUUAUAUUCGUCUCGCUAUUCUUCUUCCUCGCGGCGAUUCCCUUCACCUGGCCCUUCCUGGUUCCAUAUCUUAUUCAUCUCUCGCUGUCUGGUGUCGCCUCCAAUGGCAACCUCACAUACCGCUCGGAGUGGCUACGUUCGCUUCCCAUUUGGAGGUUCUUUGCCGAGUACUACCCGGCCGAGCUUCACAAAACGCACGAUCUGCCACCCACCCGGAAAUACAUCUUUGGCUACCACCCCCAUGGAAUCAUCUCUCAUGGUGCCUUCGCUGCGUUUGGGACAAACGCACUUGGAUUCGCCGAGAAGUUCCCUGGCAUCACCAACUCUCUGUUGACGCUCGACAACAACUUCCGAAUCCCAUUUUACCGCGACUACAUCAUGUUCAUGGGCGUCCGAUCUGUGUCUAAGGAGUCGAUCUGGAACACGUUGAGCAAGGGCGGCAUAAACGGAGAGGGAAUGGGUCGGGCAGUGACCAUCGUCGUCGGUGGUGCCAGGGAGUCCCUGGAGGCUCAACCAGGCACCCUCAGGCUGAUUAUCAAGGGUCGCAAGGGCUUCAUCAAGAUGGCUCUGCGAACUGGAGCCGACCUCGUGCCCGUCUUGGGCUUCGGUGAGAACGACCUUUACGAUCAACUCAGCCCGAAAUCUCACCCCUGGGUACACAACAUCCAAAUGUUUGUGCUGCGGGUUUUCAAGUUCACUCUUCCUGCUCUUCAUGGAAGGGGCAUUCUCAACUACGAUGUGGGAAUGAUGCCGUACCGCAGACCCUUGAACAUCGUUGUGGGCAAGCCUAUCAAGGUUACGACAUCACCCACAGCUCAGCCCUUGCAGGAAGACAUCGACCGGUUACACAGCUUGUACACUGCCGAGGUGCAGAAGAUCUGGGACACCUACAAAGAUCAGUUCGCGCCCGAGCGCAAGGCCGAGCUUCAAUUCAUUGCUUAA